GCACAUCGUACAUCAGAGCAUCUCCAACUCGAGGCCUUUUUGCUGCCACAACCGGGAUUCGCUCAUGCUGAGGAUAGCCGGAAGUCGACAUGGUGCCGGAGGUUAGGACUGGUUAGUGAUUAGGCCGGUAUGUAGAACCCGAAGUAACCGGCGCUAAGCAAACCUCCACCACGACCAUCAUGAGUCCAGCGAAAGGAAUCCCUGAAUCCCGGACUGGAAAAGAGCGUCUAGUCUCCGUUGGACAAUGAGCAUGCAGCCGGAAUCGCAACCGCAACCGCAUGCGCGAUCUACCGCUCCUACCAGGUGCCGGGCCGCAAAAGCCUGUCGAGUAUGUCACGAGAAGCGCGUCAAGUGUGACGCCAGUGAGCGCGGGACGCCUUGUACACGUUGCGAGCAAAGACAAUUGCCUGGAUGCACGCUGAUGCAAUCGAGAAGAGGCAUCUAUACCCGCAAGCCGCGGCGUAAGCCCCAAGGAUCGACCGCUGGAGGCUGUACAGACGUUUCCGGAAGUACUGGCCUCGCUGUGAGUGCUUCGACUGCAGCCGCGAGUAGUUCUCCUACCGUUGUACAUGAUGCCGGUACUGGUGCUGGUACCGCGAGUACCGCUGAGUCUGCUGAGCGCUCACCGCCCGAGGACGAGGGCGUUUCGAGUACUACAAGUACAGGCUGUGCGUCUUCCUACCGUGAGAUAAGCUGGGCAGCCACAUUUGACCAUCUUCUCGAACGCUACCAUAACAACGGAGAUGUUCUAAACAAGCAUUCCAUAACCUACAUCGGAGAAGCGUUUCCCCUAGGCAUCGUCCUGGAAAACCUCAGAGAAGGCGGCGCUCAUCGCCACCAACUGCACCACCCGGGCCCUCCCUGCGGCGACCAAGAUGCCGUUGCUGCUGCUGCUGCUGAGAGCCCCAAGCUCACGCAUCCACCUGGCAUGCGCCCAGAAGAACUCGCUUUCCUCGAAGCAAAACAGGCAUUCACUGCGCCUCCAGAUGAGACUGUAGACGCACUCAUCGGCGUCUUCUUCGAGCGCGUCUUCCCGCUCUACCCCAUUGUCAACCCUUCUGAGCUCGUCCUACAGCACAAAACCCGGCGCAUACCUUGGAUCCUCCUCCACGCCCUCUGCUUCAUGUCAGCGACGUAUUGCCCCCUAGCCAUGAUCCACCGCGCGGGCUUCAGCACCCGCACCCGCGCACGAAGCGCCUUCUACGACAAAGCCAAGGCCCUCUUCGACAUGAGCUACGAGGGCAACAAGAUUAUCGCCGUCCAAGUAUGCAUCAUGAUGAGUUUCUGGGGCGGGGGUCCAGGCCACUACUGGAAUUUUUAUACCUGGAUCUGCACGGGCGUUACGAUUGCCGAGACGAUUGGGUUCCAUAGGAGCAUGGCUGGGGCGAACAUCGCGAGCCAGGACCGCAGUCUGAUUAAGCGGCUUUGGUGGAUCUUGGUCAUCCGGGAUGCCAUGUGCGCGUCGAUAGUCGGCCGUCCGUUUCGCAUCCAUCUGGAGCAGUGCGAUGUGGAUGCGCUGACGCGGGACGACUUUGUCUACGAUGAUGAUGCCGACUCGUCACUUCUUCUUGUCGAGUGCAUGCGUAGUCCUCUUGCGCAGCAAUCGGGCGCCUACCAGAUCCACGCAGCUAAGCUGGCUCUUCUUCUCCGCCACAUCAUCGCCGUGAGAUUCAAUCCGAAGCGCAAACAGGAUGCAGGUACUCCUGCGGUUGCUUCCCUGCAGGAAAUGAUGACUGCGUGGCGUAGGGAGCUCCCGGGGGAGUUCACCUGGGAGGAUCACAUUAAUACCCAUUCCAACGUCUUCGCGUCAACGUUGCGUAUCUUGUAUAAUCACAACGUCAUCUUGGCUUAUGUGCAUAGUUCCAUUGGCUCCGCCACUGUACCCGAGCACGGAAUCUCUGGUGCUGAAGCUUCUCCGUUCUCGCAGCAAGCAACAGCAACAACAGCAGUACUUCAAGACAUGCUCAGCGACGCAGCUCAGCAAAUCGCCUCCGUGUCUUGUAACGUGGUCAUGACAGAUGACGGCCAGCUCCCGCCGCAUGAGCUCUUCCAUGGUCUCUUUGUCGCCUCCGUCGUGUUUUACAUGAUGCAGACGAAUGGUACUACUACUACUACUGGCCAGAAGGCGCUUGUGGCGCGCGCGGGCGUGUCUGGACUGAUGAAUUGUAAAAUGGCGCUGCAUGCUGCGAGGGAUACUUGGGAUGCGAGUCCGUGGAUCACGCAGUUGUUUGACAAGGUGCUUUGCUUGGGAUUGCCUGCUGCUGCUUCGGCGGCGGAUAGUAGAGCGGCGGGUGGUGGUGGUGGUAGUGAGGAACGAGGUGAUGUUGAUGGUGAAAACGACGGUGUGGGUGCUAUGGAAGGUGGUGGUGGUGAUGGUAUUAUGGGCUUCAAUGACCUGAGUGCUUCUUUUGAUCUGGAUGGUUUGGGUAUGAUGGCUGGGUAUUAUGGAGCGACUUGGCCUAAUCAUCCUUUUCUUGGGCAGUUUGUUUGAUCAACAUAGUUUUUUUCGGCCGCAGUUGCGCGCGCGUUGUUCGUGGCAAAUUUUCUGCCUCUUUAGCGACGAUGGGAUUGGGGAUUAGGAGAUGUAAAGUGCUAGGUUACAGGUUCUAUGGAGGUCAGUC